CGGUCGAUGAGCACAGGGGAGGGAGCAUGGGAAAAUUGGAAUUGGGCUCUUCCUGUUACCUGUACAAUUGCCCAUGGAGAACAGCCGCCAUUUUUUUCAGAGCAUGGAGAGUGGUGGUGGAGCGAGGGCCUGAGUAUGGGCUUACGGGUUCCCGGGCGCGGUGGUCAUCCUUGGCAAUGGCAGGACCGGAAUCCGAUGUCGGCGGGAAUGGGGGGAACAAUAGGCAACAGGGGCGCGGACAAAGGAACAGGAAGCAGUCGAGCAACCGGACAGCAGUCGACGAGGAGGAAGGGAAGAGGAAGAGCGCGGAGGAGAAGGUAGCGCGGACGCCGAGGACCGAGUGUGCAACGCAUGGGAGCCAUGGUACCGACGUCGAUAAUGAGAGCGCUAAUUGGGACCACGGUAGUGGUGGCAGCAGCAGUAGGUGUCCUGGACAGCGCUGCCGUUGUACAUUGGACGGUCGUGGCGGUGGUGGGAGUGCUUACAUGUCGGCAUCAGUACACUGGAAGGCAUGGAGGUGUUUUGAUUUCGUCGUUACGCCAGAUGCUGUCAGGGUGGAUAUAGAGUUGAAUCGGUCAUCGACGAUUCAUAGCCCAAGCAUUUAUGUGCGAUUUGCUGCUGCCGAUGACGAAGGCCGAAGUGGGUAUGCAGCAUUAGACGCCGUGCGGUGGGACUUCAAGUCUGACAGGCCAGAGGUAGAGUUGAGAUCAUCCUUUCCCAAGUCUGAUGCCCGGUGGGAAGGAACAUGGCUAGUUUGUGUUCAAGGCACCAGUGGUCGACCAGCGUCGUUCAGAAUAGGUGCUAAUGUGGUUAUGAAGGAGGAGGAGAAGGACCGAAAAGUUCCCCCUCUUCCUCAAAAUGUGACUGUUUUGGACCGACUUCCAUCAAGUGUGCUCAUUGAAGGGCUUAGUCCGAGGCAAUGGCGGUAUUUUCAGGGACCCAUUCAGGGGUCAGAUGUCGAAAUAUCAGUCACGGUGGGUACGCCUGAGGACAUGGAUCGUAAGUGCAAUGCCUCGGGGUCUUCUUCCUCAGGGGACAAGAGGAGAGAUUCUCCUCCUGUGAAUGUAUUUCUCAGGCAAGGGUGCCCACCCACUGCGAGCGAGUUUGACGUCAGGGCUCGACUGACUUGCGGCCCCCGACAGGUUGUGCUCAAGGUCGUAAGGCCUGAUGAGUCUGGGGCAGGGUCCUCCUCCUCCUCCUCCUCCUCCUCAGAGUGUGCAUCCAAUUUGUGGUACAUGGGGGUAGAGAACGCGGAGGAGGAUGACCCAAGGUCAAGGACUGCUGAUGUGGCGUUGAGAAUUAACGCCAACUCUUGUCCGAAUGGCUGCAGCGGACACGGCAUGUGCAACCCUGAUACUCACGAGUGCCAGUGCUUGACGGAAUGGGCUCAGAAGCCGGACUGUUCUCGGAGGGAAACGGUCCUACUUCUGAAUCAACCCCUAAAGGUUGACCAGUUACCUGCAAAUUCUGAGCUCAAUUUUCUAACGACCGUCAGUCGCCAAGCGUUGGCCCUUGGCGGGGCCAAUCUGGUGUUCAGUGCAGCUCUAGACAGAGCACCCCGGCGGGGCGGGGUUGGCUGCGCUCAGACCGAGCUCCCGUGGAUGUCUGUGCACAUGCAGCAAUCCACGUCAUCGAGUAAAAAGCGAUUGGAUCUUGACCAUGGGUCGAACUCAUUCUUACAGUUCCCCUUGGAGGAACCAAGUCCAAGUCGAUGCAGCAGUCCUCACUGCUCGGAGGUGAUGGGCUGGUAUGGGGUGCUUUCCAACCCCACACCAUAUCCCAUCACUGUGGUAUUGACAGUAAGGCUAGAGAAUAUGGCUAGAUGUCCUCCGCCGAAGAGAUUAGAUUGCGCAGGGAGCUGUGCAGGGGAUGCUGUGCAGGAUUGCUCCGGCGUUUGUCAAGGCAGUGCCUUUAUCGACGCGUGCGGGCGGUGCGUUGGGGGGAAAACUGGUCGCGGUGCAUGCAGGACGAUCAGGGUGGCAGUCGCUGUUCAUUCAGGUGACAUUGGCGAGCCGGCUCUGGGAAGCCGCUUCACAGCUCGGGGACAGGAGCUUGCUUCUGCUGCCAAGAUUGCCAUUGACGCUGUCAACCGUCAGAUUAUCCCCUCGAUCCAGAAGAGGCAAUCACAGCCGUUCGCGCUGGAUUACAAAGGUCUUCAGGUCGAUGUGGACUGUGGUGGCGAUCCGCAAACGGCAGUGUCAAAGCUGAAGGGGUGGCUGAAGUCACUGGGGGAGGGGUCCGAUCGGAGACCAGUGGCCCUGAUUGGCCCUCCAUGUCCUGGGGCAGCGGAUGACCUGGCCAGAGUGUUUAAGGAGGAGGAGGCAGACAUUGCCAUAAUCAAUCCCCUUGCUCCAGGGCUCUCGAAACAUGAUUGCCCAGUCGUUAGCUUGAUGGCGGCAGCAGAUUCGACUGGUCAAGCUGCUUAUGACUUGGUGCAGAAGAUGAGGUGGAAAGCCGUUGCUGUUCUUGGUGUGGUUGGAAGAGGAAGGAGCGAUGAAGCCAUCGCCGCAGUGGUCAAGAAGACUGAUCAACUGGUCGUGGCAGGGGGCAGCACGAUUCGGAUUCAGAAAACUGUUCUGGGUGUUGAUGGGGAAGAUGUCAAUCUCGAGACAGUGAAGCGCGCACUGGAAGGUAUUAUUAGAGCAAGGAAAAGAGUAGGCGGAGUGGGUGUGGCAGUGAUUCUUUGUGCAACGGAAAGAGACAUGGCUGGAGUGAUGUGGGUCGCAGCCACGCUUGGUAUGACCACGGAAGAAUGGAGAUGGAUUGCUCUUCCCGUGUCCACGACAGCUGUUUCCUUUCCUAAUUUAGUAACAGAUUGGACUUAUCCGUUGAGAAAGAAGGCGGGAAGCGAGGAGGAAUGGGCGAGACAAGUUGGCUUGUCAAUGGAUGGCAUUGUUGUUAUACAGGCCCCAGCCGGUCGUGGUUCUAUCUACAAUGACCUCCUUAGCAUCUGGAGCUCGAGUUCCACAGAGGCCCGAAGCAAUCUCCAAAUGAAUGUGACAACAACGCCCGAGCCUGUCGGCCUGGGAUCAGCAGGCAUGUGGACAGGACAGGUUUUUGACUCAGUUCUUGUCACCGCGUUGGCAAUUGCCUCCACUUUGAAUCCAUCUGGUACUACUUCGUCGAAUCCCAGCGCUCGGUGCGUUGGCGACAGCGAUGUCGUCGAUGCCAUCAGGAAGAGCAUGGAAUUUGAUGGGACAACCGGCCCUGUUGCAUUCGAUGAUGGGCUUACCAGACGACCGGCGUGGGACAUAGUGAACAUGAGGAGGGGAAGCUGGGCCGUGGUCGGUGAGUGGGAAAGCAGCUCAGGUGUGCAGCUGUUCAAGAAAUCGUCAGACUCGGUUUCAGGAACGUACGGGUUCUCCUGGCCUGACUUUGAUGGCGCUUGGAUGGCAGUGCAGCACCCGAACGAAACAGUGGUUGGUGGCAGAGGCACUGAGCCCGCUUUGCUUGAAUGCGAGGAAGUGUUACCUGCCGGUGGGACGGCGAUGAGUGCAAUGAGGGCAAUGCUCGGGAUUGGAAAGGAGGGGGAGGAAGGAGGAGAUAGCGGGAAGAAGACCGGGAAUGGGAGCAAAAAGGUGGGGAGCUGUUCUGCUUCUGUGGUUGGGGCUGUGGCCAACGUGUGCAGCGCUUUGAGAAAGACAUUGCAGGGUUCCUCGUUGUGCCAUAAUGAAGCAAAUGGCACAUGGGAGCCACAGCCGUACGCAAGCGACUGUGGACCGCGGUGUCGAGAGCAACUCGAUGGCUGGGCUAGGCAGGCAAUGGUUUUGCAACGCCAAGUCGCGACGAAAGAAGGGCAGAUUGACAUGCUUGUGGAGCAGCUCCAGAAUGCAACGCAGCUGGCGACGUCGCUUCGCGAUCGACUUGAGUUAGCAGCAGACGUGAUUUCGCAAUUACAGUCCCAAGUUGGAAACUUGACGAAGGGGCUCGACCUCCCGCGUAUCACAUUUGCGGAGUGCGAUGGACGCUGUGCAACGAGAGGAGGGAGCCAGUUGAAAAUCUUCGGCCAGAUACCGAAGCAUCUCGUGAACUCGACCGGUCUACGGCAGCUAUUCGACGAGCUAGAGCACAAGGGGAUCAUCAGCGUAGUGAAGAAUUACCUGAAAGGGGCACCCCUGGACAUGGCUGUGAAGGUUGGAGGCAAGGAAUGCAGGAACCUGACCCUGAGACGGGAAAAUGACUCCGCAUGGGAUAGUCCUGUGAUUCCGUUGACCGCACUCCCGUUCUGUGUGGAGUGUACGGCACCUCCGGGUGCCGGAAGGGGUGUUCCCGUGGUCGUUCGAAUGGCUGGUGUCACGUCCAUGCCUGGGGUGACCACGUUUGCUGGGCCUGUGGUGGAGAGGAUAGAGCCAGAGAUGAUGCUGGUUCCCAGCAUGCAGAAUCUUACUAUCGGUGGGAGCAACUUUGGCGACGACGUGGAAGCAAUCAAUGUGACCGUGGAUGGCAUGCCCUGCUCGGAGGUGCAGAUUUUAGAGGCGCACUCGAAAUUGUCCUGCACUGUACAUGGCCCGUCCCCUGAUGUUGGGGCGAGCGCAGGAGCCACCGUUCCAUAUAAAGGACCCGUAGUUGUGUCAGUCGCAGGACAGCAAUCUACUUCAUCUUCCCACCACCUCCUUUUCUAUGGGUGUCCUGGAUACCUUGGUGGAAACCAGGUCUGCUCUGGUCAUGGUUCCUGCUAUCUGAAUUCCACGGCGCGUACAGCUGAAUGCGUCUGUGAGAAAGGGUACUAUGGACCUGGGUGUGGGGCACGGUGCCCUGGAUAUGGAGCGUGCAAUGCGCACGGAGCUUGCGACGAUGGCGCGGCGGGUUCCGGAAUCUGUUCCUGCAAAAAGGGGUACACGGGGGUGGACUGUAGCUUCCGCGUUGCUGCCUCGGACUGCAGCGGAGCGCAGAUUACGUCCUUUGCGCUGUGGGGUUGCAUGGCAGCCGUUUUCGGAGCGUUUAUAGUUCGAAAGCUGUGGAACAGCUGUCAGGAUAUACGAGCCGAGUGGGCAAAUCCGGCACAUGAUUCAGAUGAUGAUGGUACUGAUGGUGCUGCAGGUCAGGGAGGCGGCGUCGAAGAAGACAAAAAGGCCGGCAAGGGUAAGUUCGAGAAGGUCAAGGGAUCCCUUUUGGGCAAACAGUGGGCCAAGGUGUGAAGGAAGAAGAAGACCGCAGAACCUCCUGCAAAGCCAGGUAGUUGACGGUCCCUUACGUAGCUCACAAUGCCAGGUAGCAUCUGAAGAGAGGCAGUAACUCAAAUGAAAUGAUAGGUGCUCGGGCAGGGGGCUGGAGUUGCUUCACCACAGAAGGAAGGAGGCGAUGGUGGCAAUGAGAUCGUUUUUGCCAACCCGCGCAGGUGGAGUUUGAGAUGCAUGCGGCCAACGAAGUGCAAGUGAAUUCCAUGGUGUAGAUGGAAGGAGUACAUUCUGUAUAUGGAGUCCAAAAGGAGAAGUAGGGAUUAAGAGCUUCUGUGAUUCAGGGCUAGGCUGCACAGGUCCGGAAAUGCCAAGUUGGUGUGGUGCUUCAGGGGGCCCCGGCUGCACAGAUACAGAGAGCCCAAGCCUCCAGGUUCAGUGAUUCAGGGCUCGGCUGCACAGGUACGGAGAGGCCCAGCUUUCAGCUUUGGUGAUCGAGGCUAGACUGCAGAGAAACAGAGAGCCCAAGCCUCCAGGUUCGGGAAGUCGGGGCUGGGCUGCACAAAAAGCAUGGAGAGGCCAAGCCUUCGGCUUCCGUGAUUCUGGGCUAGGCUGCCGAGGUGAAAUGCGUUGAGGCGUGCGUCUAGCGUCCUUGAGAUAUCUGUACCGAUGUAUUCGACCUUGAGAAGAGGCGGAAUGGCGGGGUGUGUGGUUAAUGAAGGUUGGCCAGGGGCAUGAUGUAAGUUAUCAUUAUUAUUUUCUAAAUCCGAUUUGGACGUACUCUCUCGGGUUUGUUCUACGUUUGAGUACGUGUACCUUAAAAUGUUUAUGGAUGACAUCGUCCUUGCUCACUCACCCACUCUGCAUAGGACGAAAACUGCCUUCUAUAGACUCCAGUAAUGUUUCAGAAGAGGCAUUUCAUAAUGUAUGCCAUGCCAGGUGGUAGCUCGUCAUGUCAUCAUCAAAUAUAACGCCGGUGAUGUAGAGCGCAACUUGAUUGUUGUCAUAUCGCAAAUGCGGUGAAGACCGUAAUGGCCGUGAAAUUAUCGAAACAGGACAGGUUGCAUUGUUUGGAGAGUUGGGCAGGGGUUAGCCUCUCCUUGCUAUCGGUGGCAAUGCAUAUAUUAUUAUUUGUUGGCUCUCAGUACUUUCACAGGGAAAUUAUAGUGGAGUGAGGAUAAUCCAUCCGUUUCUUAAGUUUGGUAGUGUGGGCUACCUGUCUGUGCCCUUCGUCCUGCUUCCCGACGUCCKUCACGCAGCAAGAGGGCGAGGAUGGAGUGAGGAUAAUCCAUCCGUUUCUUAAGUUUGGUAGUGUGGGCUACCUGUGUGUGCCCUCCGUCCUGCUUCCCGACGUCCUUCGCGCAGCAAGAGGGCGAGGACAGGAGGCGCGAACAGGCAACCCACUGCACAUUUGGCUGCCACAGCAAGAAGGUAGCACAUAUUUAUGUAGGCUAGAGUUCCACUGCCUCCACUGCACAUUUGGCUGCCACAGCAAGAAGGUAGCAUAUAUUUAUGUAGGCUAGAGUUCCACUGCCUCCUCACGUUGUUAUGCCGCUUAUGGCGGCGAUUAUGAGCAAGCAGUGACUGUGUGGACCGUCGAUUGCCAGCCAGCUGGCAAAUAGUCCAUGUGCUUACUGCAUCGCUGGUUUCAUCCACUAAGUAGUGCCAGCGAUUCUCAACAUGUCAAUGCAAUUGAGAAUUGAACACCUCCUGUGCACUUUGUGCCUGCUUCAGUGACAGGAUACUGGAAGGUCGUCUGUUCUCCGACAAUGUGUUCCCGCGCCUUGGGAUCGUAAUUGUCUCUUCUCAGAAUCCAUUCGCCUUAGAGUUUGACUACGCGAUACCCUACUUAGCAUCGCCCAUUCAGUGACAGCACGUCAGCAGAGUCAGCAGCCAGGAAGUGAAAUGGAGUGCCACAUGGCUGACUGAAAGAAAAGAAAAAGAAUAUAUGAUGGCGCUCGAUGGCCAUCUUUGAAUCGCAGCUGCGCCCCUGCGAGCCACACUUGAGCGACCGGCUCCGUUGCUUUUCCAGGGUCAGCGUUAGGCUCGGAAUCGCAUGGUGAACCGCUCAUCUCCAUCG